AUGGCCCGCUCGAGCAAGAUCCAGCGGCUUUUGGGCCCCGACUGGUCCAUCAAGUUCAUGAAGGCCGACGGCGACUGCUACUACGCGGCCAUCUCGGCAGCCCUCGAGAACGACUUCACGGUCCAGGCCCUGCGCGACGUCGUCGCGGACGCGUGCACCGAGGAGACGCUGACGAUGAUGCGUCUCGCGCAGCGGACGGGCUGCGGGUCCUACGACCAUUUGCGCAAGAUCGACGACGUCGAGGAGCUGAAGCGCCGCAUCCGCGUCACGGGCGGCAACACGUCCGCGGGCCAGUGCGUCUGGGCCUGCGACUUCUCCAUCCAGACCGUCGCGGAGCACCUCGGCCUCGCGGUGCUCAUCCUCGACGAGGCCGCGCCCUGGGGGAGCCAGUACGUGUCGAUCCUCCCGGACGCGCCGCCGGACCGCGUCGUCUGCCUCCAGCGCACGCGGCGCCAGCACUACAACCUGCUGGUCCGCGGCGAGACGACGUUCUUCGACGCGGCGGACGAGGACCUCGGCGCGCGCUGGCCCGCCUUCGGCCGGCGCUACGGGAGCGGCGGCGGCGGCGACGCGCCCGCGGCGGCGGAGGACGCGCCCGCGGCGAAGCGCCGGCGACGGUAG